AUGGCUCCUAAUUCCAUGAACGCCGACCAUUCAGCUUCCUGGCUGGCACUCCUCUCCACCAUGCGUGAGAUGGAACGCCGUCAUUCGCAUCUUAUGGAGACCCACGACGCCGCCAGAGUCACUGUGAAUGGAAACGAAGAUAGCGAACUCAAAGCACUGGGUCAAGCCAAACUCAAAGUAUUAGUUCGAGCCAAGAUUCAGACGCUUGAUUUGAUGCCAGACGGCGUCAAGAGGCCAUAUGCAACCACUACGCUGAGCAGCAUCGUUCUUAUUGCAGCAAUCUUGGGCCUCCACUGGAAAGAGUUUGACCGGCGCAACGACCGGUACCUCGCCGACGGGAAUGGUCUCUUGAUCACCGGAUCGGCUGUUCCCCACCUCGGCAUCAUGUUUUCAUUCACUCGUCACGGAAGCGCAGACUCUCGGAGAAAACGAAAGUACACUGUCCUCACAACCAAGCUUCUUGAGUCCAAUGCCAAGACAGUUACGGGCGACGAGGAUUCGAAGCAUGUCGGUCCCUUCGUUUUCUCCGGCCUAAGAGACCAGGCCUCCUCACUCCUAGCACAACAUAGCGAUGAUAACUCCAGCUUUGGCUUCAUUGAGGCCGACUCACCAUUCGUACAACGGCUGCACAACGCCCUGGAUUGGUGCGAUGAGUGGCUCAGACCCCUCGAACCCGAGUCCCAACGGGAAAUCCUCCUCGUCAUACGCAAUCACCUUUUUGCUGUCGCAGAAGCGUUGAAGGGCACAGAAACAGCUCCCCAGGCAAAGUCCAACCGGUCAGAUUAUCAGGCCUAG